CCUCCCAAUUCAGACCCCCUUCACCUUCGACAAUCCUCCAUUUUUAAACCCCAUUUUCUCUCAACAAUCGCUCACUUUUUCUUCACUUGUUUUUUAAUAUUCACAACCUUUUUACAUGUGGGUUUGUUGUGUUCUUCGCCAUUUUUGAAAAAAAGUCGACAUUUUUCACCUUUUCCUUCAAUGGGUUUCGAUUUGAUUCACUAGGUUCUUAUCUUUUUUCAGCUGUAUUUAUCACUCUGUGAGUUUCGUUCAGAAAUUGUUUAAAAAAAUGGAGAUUUUCAAGCUCUGUUUAAUGGGUUUGCUCUGGUUUGGAGCAAACGCCAUUGUUGUUGAAGAUGACAAAAGAGCAUUAUUGGAUUUCAUGAACAAUUUUCCUCACUCACGUUCACUAAAUUGGGAUUCAAACUCAAGUACUGUGUGUAAUCAAUGGACUGGAGUCACGUGCAGUGAAGAUGGGUCACGUGUUGUUGCUCUCCGGCUUCCCGGAGUUGGGUUUCACGGCAACAUUCCGGCGAACACCAUUAGCAGACUCUCAGCUUUACAGAUCUUGAGCCUCAGAUCCAAUGGUAUUUCUGGCACUUUUCCUUCUGACUUCUAUAACCUCAAGAACUUGUCGUUAUUAUACCUUCAAUUUAACCAAUUUUCUGGUGAAUUGCCUCUUGAUUUCUCCGUUUGGAAGAAUCUAACCAUUAUUAAUCUUUCAAACAACAAAUUUAAAGGGUCAAUUCCAAGUUCCAUUUCGAAUUUAACCCAUCUUUCUGCUUUGAAUCUCGCUAAUAACUCACUCAUUGGUGAAAUCCCUGAUUUGGGUAUGCAAAAUUUGCAAGUUCUCGAUCUAUCAAACAAUAAUCUCUCCGGCGUCGUCCCAAAAUCACUCCACAAGUUUCCAAAAUCAGUGUUUUCCGGCAACAAUUUGUCUUUAAUCUAUUCAACCGAUGAAGUCCCAAUUGUUAUGCCGACGCAUAAACCAAAUCCCACCUCUAAAAACGGCGGAAAGCUAAACGAAAAAGCACUUUUAGCCAUAAUCGUAGCCAUUUCUGCCGUCGUUUUCACUGGUUUCGCAAUCUUUUGGAUAAUUUAUUGUUUAAAAAAGACGAAUCGAGAUGGGAUUUCUUCAAAACUCGAAAAAGGCAACAUGUCUCCCGAGAAAGCGAUUUCAAGAACCCAAGAUGCGAAUAACAGAUUGGUUUUCUUUGAGGGGUGUAAUUAUGCAUUUGAUUUGGAGGAUUUGUUGAGAGCUUCUGCUGAGGUUUUGGGGAAGGGUACUUUCGGAAUGUCGUAUAAGGCGAUUCUUGAAGAUGGGACUUCGGUUGUGGUGAAACGAUUGAAGGAAUUGAGUGUUGGGAAAAGGGAAUUUGAGCAGCAAAUGGGGAUUGUUGGGAGUAUUAAACAUGAGAAUGUGGUUGAAUUGAGGGCUUAUUAUUAUUCAAAAGAUGAAAAGCUUACUGUUUGUGAGUACUAUGGUGAAGGAAGUAUUGCUGCAAUGUUACAUGGUAAAAGAGGCGAAGACCGGGUUCCAUUAACAUGGGAAACCCGUCUCCGGGCAGCCAUCGGAGCUGCCCGGGGCAUUGCCCGAAUCCACACUGAUUCAGGCGGAAAACUCGUUCAUGGCAACAUCAAAUCAUCAAACAUUUUUCUAAAUUCCCAAAAUUACGGAUGUGUCUCCGAUAUCGGUUUAUCAACAAUCAUGUCUCAAAUUGCUGCCCCAAUUGCUCGGGCAGCCGGUUAUCGGGCACCGGAAAUUACCGACACCCGGAAAGCCACUCAACCAUCGGAUGUUUAUAGCUUUGGUGUUCUUUUACUUGAACUUUUGACCGGAAAGUCACCGGUGCACACCACUAGCGGCGAUGAGGUCAUCCAUUUGGUCCGGUGGGUCCACUCGGUGGUCCGGGAAGAGUGGACGGGUGAAGUUUUUGAUGUUGAAUUACUAAAAUACCCCAACAUUGAGGAGGAGAUGGUGGAGAUGUUGCAAAUUGCGAUGUCUUGUGUGGCAAGAGUGGCGGAUCAGAGGCCGAAGAUGGUGGAGGUGGUCAAAAUGGUGGAGGGUGUUAGGCGGACAGGCUUCCAGGAAAGUUCAACACCGCCACGGCCGGAGGCUUUGGAGAUGGAGGCCUCGGGUGUUUGAUGAGUCUCCGGUGGCCGGAGUUUCUUUCAUUAUCUCAAUGAAUUGGAGUUUGAUUACUUCAUGUCAUCAAUGUGUUGUAGUUGUAUCUUUGCAAAGUUUUUAUGAUAUUAUUUUGUAUGCAAGAUUUGAUUUUAAUUUCUACUUUUUUAUUUGUUUUGGUGGUUAAUUAAAUUAUUAUUUUUGUGCGUGAG